UUUCAGAUUGCCGAUUGUAAAUCUCAUCUCAUUUCAUGAUUGCAAAUUGUUGAUUAUGUCAAUAAUUAGUUAAAAAUUAAUUAAAAAUAUUGAUUGUGGUGCUAGUUCAAAGAUUUUUAUUGUAGCCUUUACUUUUAGGAAAUUUUGGGGGUGGGGCCGGUCUCGGGGGGCAACCUUGUCAAUGGGGAACCAAGGGCUGAAGCAGCAUGUGGAAACUUCACAGAAAACUGGGGUAUUUCACUUAUCGAAAGCAAAACUUCAGGGUUUCCCUCCAGAACUGGUCAAAGUAGUUGGAGUUUUAAGAAGUAUUGACUUGAGCGAGAACAAAAUUACCGAAAUCCCACAAAAUAUUGGAGCUUUCCUAAACCUCAAAUUGCUUAAUUUGAAUAGCAACUUAAUUGAGGUUAUUCCAGAACAGCUUGGAGUUUUGGUAAAGUUGGAGACUUUGUACCUGUCGCAGAAUAGGAUCAAAGUCAUUCCUGUCUCUGUUCAAAAGCUUCCAAAGCUUAAAGAUAUUAAUUUAAGUGGUAAUACCAUCACAGUGUUCCCGGCAGGUUUUGCUUCUCUCAAGUUUUUAAGUGUUUUGGAUUUGUCAAAAAAUCGGAUCACCGAUGUGCCUGAUGGCAUUAGCGGACUUCAAGUUGUGGAACUGAUUUUAAAUCAAAAUCAGAUAAAGAAAGUUAGCGCAGAUCUUGCCAAAUGUCCAAACCUUAAAACAUUGCGGCUUCAAGAAAACUGUUUGUCCAUUGAGAAUUUCCCAGUCCAAAUUCUGUCAGAUUCUCACGUUGCUUUGUUGAGCGUCGAGGGAAAUCUAUUUGACGAAAAAAAGCUCCACGAAUCUGAAGGAUAUGACAAGUAUAUGGAACGAUACACGACAACAAAAAAGAAAUUGACUUAACGGACAUAGGGUUGAACAAGCAAACGUAUGUAACAAAGGAACAAUUGCAAACUCUUUCUCACUUUUCUAAUAUUCUAGUCAACCAGGUUAUGCGUGAAAUGAUCAUAUGUAUUUCUUCUUUUUGACGUAAUUUUGUCUUCUUAAUGUAAUCUUUGUAUAUGUAGCUUUUCUACGCUUUCGCAUUAUUAUGUAUGAUUUAUUUUAGCGACGAUUGUAAUUUAAGCUUACAUCAUCAUCAAAACUCGGGUAUCAAUAAAUUAUUUUACACAAA